GGGUAUUAUUUAAAUCAGAAAAGAGCAGAACCGCAGCAUACGGCGAAAAGAGGAAGUGUGUAUUUGAAGAGAGAAGAAACUGUGUUUAAGUCGGUACAACACGUUGCACUGUUGAUGUUGGUAUUUGGACACGAAUACCUGCCGAAAACAGUCCCGACGUCCCUUAUUGAGGCUCCUCUGUCCUGUGUGACCCCCUGACACAGAGAGGAUGGUGAUGGAGGAGGGGGGGCAGAGAGACAGAGGGAGGGGGACUCCAGCAACAGUGGAAGCAGAGCGGAGACAGAUCCUCGUAGAGCUUGGGGAGCAGAACUUGGAUGCCAUUUGUCUCUCCACGUAUCGAACGGCCUGCAAGCUCAGAUUCAUACAGAAGAGAUGCAACUUGCAUCUGAUCGAUAUAUUCAAUGUGAUCGAGGCGGUGCGGGACGCUGGUCUGAACACCGUAGAGCUGAACGCCGGCAUCUCCGUGACCCGACUGGAGAACCUGGUGUCCUCCCUGUUCAACCAGCUGAGCAAGCGCCUGCCCACCACGCACACCAUCAACCCGCGAGAGAGCGCCGUCCUGUUAGUCGAAUUCCUGCUGACCGCCAUUGACAGUGAGCCUGACAGCCGUCUGACGGUGCUCUCUGUGAAGGCGAUGCUGGCCACACUGUGUGGAGGGAAACUGCUAGAUAAGCUCCGCUAUGUGUUUUCUCAGGUAUCUGACUCCAGCGGCGUGCUGGUACAGUCCAAGUUUGAUGGUUUUCUGAGGGAGGCUCUCAAGCUGCCCACCGCUGCACAUGAAGGGCCAUCCUUUGGCUACACACAGACCUCAGCACGCUCAUGCUUCCCACAACAGAAGAGGGUGAUGCUCAACAUGUUCCUGGACAUUGUGGCUGACCCUCCUCAGUGUCUUGUCUGGCUGCCUCUCAUGCACCGCAUGGCCAACGUGGAGCAUGUCUACCAUCCCGUGUCGUGCUCCUACUGCCGUGUCAACGCUAUGGCGGGCUUCCGCUAUCACUGCCUCCGUUGCCGUGGUUAUCAGCUCUGCCAGAACUGCUUCUGGCACGGCAACGUCAGCGGCUCUCAUAGCAACCAGCAUCAGAUGAAGGAGCACUCGUCCUGGAAGUCGCCGGCGUCAAAGCUUGGCCGAGCCCUGAGCAGGACUCUGGGCUGUGUGUCGUCCAGAGAGCCCCCUCAUCCUAUUUACCCAGAGGAACCUGAGAGGACGCUCAACCUCUCCAACAUCGUCCCCGCUCGCCCCAUUGGAAACACCACUGACGCCAUGUUGCUGUCCACAUCAGUGCCCGAGUCCUCCAAAAGUUUGGCAGCCGCUCGGCGCAUGAACGAGGAACACGCUCUGAUCGCUGCGUAUGUGAAUCGCCUCCAGAGCAGCCCAUGUAGUGUGGACAGUCCCAGCAGAGAAGAUGAGGAGCACAAACUGAUCGCCCGCUACACCUCCCGCCUGGCAGAGACUGACGGCGCAGGAGUGAUACCGAACCGGAGCAUCAACUUUGAUGUGAACAAACAGAAGAGGGAGCUCAUUGCUCAGCUGGAAAGCAAAAACAGAGAGAUCUUGGCGGAGAUCAAACAUCUCCGUGUAGAGCACGAGGCAGCGUGCCAGGCCACCACCAACCCGACUCUGCUGGCCGAGCUUCGGCUGCUCAGACAAAGGAAAGACGAGCUGGAGCAGAGGAUGUCGUCUCUGCAAGAGAGCAGGAGGGAGCUGAUGGUGCAGCUCGAGGGACUGAUGAAGCUGCUCAAGGAUGAGGAACAGCGACAGGCAGCGCAGGCGGCUGGCUCUUCUCACGCCUCUCCUUCUCGACCGAGCCCGUCAACCGUCCGCUCUGUAGGCGCUGCGUCUCCCCACGCUCACAUGUACCCUCCCCAGGACUCACUCGCUGGGGUUGGUGGUGACGUACAAGAAGCAUUCGCCCAGGGCCCGAGAAGGAACCUGAGGAACGACCUUCUGGUAGCAGCUGACUCCAUCACCAACACUGUGUCUUCACUGGUCAAAGAGCUCCACUCUGAUGAGGUUCGGGAGGAAGAGGAGAGAUUGCUGAACGGGAAGGACAGAGCAGGUUAACGUGAUCACAGGACAAACAAAAACAGCAGAGGUUCCAUACCAAAGAAGGCUGAGCCUGCUGAGAUGGAAAUGUAUCUUCUUGUAUUAAUCGUUAGCCAACGGGGAUUAGAGCUCCAGUGCUAGUCAACCAAUCACGAUGCUGGACACCAAACGACCGCCGGGUCCCUACUGAUGUAUAGCUGUGAUUCUGUGUGUGUGUAUGUGUGUCUUGUCACUGUGGUUUGACUUUUGUUUUCAUUUGAUCAUGCACAGCUUAACGAGAAAUCUGAAACUCACUGAUUUGUACUGCGGCGCGUUUAUGUGUGUGUGUGUGUGUGUGUGUGUGUGUGUGUGUGUGUGUGCGCUCUGCGUUUUCGAGGGUCGAGUAAGUGAUGGGGGCACCGUGUAGAGACGGAAAGAUGUGUUUAGGACAUUUUUGAAGGAUUAAAAAGUGCAAGAAAGUUACAGGAUGUAAAUAUAGCGGAGAGAAAAAGUGGGGGGGGGAACUUAGGAAAGUCAAAAAGAGGAGAACUGAGUUGAAAUGUUUUAAGUUUCGGCACUGUGUGCUUAGUAUUUAUUGCUUUGAUUUGAUUUUUGACAUCUAUUGGUUCAGUUUGAGUGUUUUUGCGUACGCGAGUGUGGUCCAGCCCUGCUGAGACGAUAAGCUUUAAUGGGACGUUUCCUGCUGUGUCGAGCCCGGCACAGUGCAGGGUGGAGGGCUGAAGUCCCGGUCCUGGUUCAGGUGUCUGAAACCUGGAAGACAUUAGUGCCACGGGUGCUGGUAUGACAGCAGCUCAGGUUGUCCAGGCCUCUCUGUGUAUCUCGGUACUGCAGUGGGACGACAGUCAAAGAGGAGAUAUCUGAUUACUGUGUGUGUGUGUGUGUGUGUGUGUGUGUGUGUGUGUGUGUGUGUGUGUGUCUGUGUGUUUGUGUCAUGUGAGGGAGAGAGAAUAUAAAACCAUUUGCUUCAACAGUGUAGCAAUAGAGUAGCAAAGUGGGUGGAGUAUUUAUCCCCAUUACAAAUGUUCUUUCAAAGGUUCAGUGUUUCCCAACUUGAGUGUGAGGAGGCACAUGAUUGAAGGAAUGUGGAAGAAGAUUAAAUUAUGUUUUUUCUGUAUUACCCCAACUUUUUCCUUUAUCUCUUGAAUGUUUUUGUUAUACUUUCACCUCUUUAGGACUCAAAAAUAUCAAGAAAUGAAGUAAAUAGAUACACAGUUAUUUUACAACAAGAGAAGAAGAAAUUUAAAAAAAGCUACCAACAUGUAAUCAGUAACAAAACACAGCGCAUCAUUCACCAAAAGUGGACUCAUUAAACACAAUUUUAAGCUCUCUGAUUGGAUGUUUUCUUUUACUCCAAUGCUCCUUGGGAGUUGUAGUCGGCUUUUCUCCUUUAAGUCAUUCACAGUUUUGACUUUCUCCACCGUCAGAGUUUCAUGUUCACCUCCAAGUGCCAGUUACCGAACAUCAUCUAUGCAACAAACGAAUGGCGCCUUUACUUCCUAAACACGUCCUGCCCACAGUAACUCCUCACACUUUGCUACUCUGAUUUAUUUUUAAGCUUCCUGUGAAGUGCAGGGGAUCCUGAAGUUCUCUGUGGGGCGUCGAACCCCAAUCAGCUCCCCCAAAAAUCUUCAGACCAGUAAUAUAAACCAGGUCAGGUUGAUUUACUUUCACGUAGCAGAUGUGAAAUUAUUUUAUCGAAAAUAUGUUUUAAGUAUUUCUGACUUAAUCGCAUUGUACAUUUUUUGGAUCAGAUUUCAGUUUCAAGUUUUUUCUUUCACCAGCCCUCCACGUUGUUUGACAGACUGCUCGCGUCUGGGUGAUUAUCACAUUUCCAGAUCGACUGACUGUAUGAAUCAUUAAAUACAUGAAUGAACUCUUGUUUUAAUGUGUGUAAUAGUGUGUGUGUGUGUGUGUGUGUGUGUGCGUGUGUGAGAAAGAGAGUGAGAGUGGAAUCAUGACUGACAGGACAGCCGUGUCCUGACAUGAAACUGUAAACACAGCUCUGAACCUGCCUGAGCUGACUCUGUGAGUGAAAAACGCGUGUUUCAUCUACAAUAAAUAAUAUUUAACAUCAAA